AUGUCCGGGCAGACGGUGCUGAGCGCUGAAGAUGUGGACAUCGAUGUGGUGGGAGAAGGAGACGAGUCCCUGGACAAGGACAGCGACUGUGAGAGCCACCACGACCACCUGGAGGAAGGAGAUGAGCUGCUGGUGGGCAAGGAGCUGCCCAGGAGCCCCUCAGACAGUGCCAACGAGAGCAGCCUGGUGAAGCCCCCCUACUCCUACAUCGCCCUGAUCACCAUGGCCAUCCUGCAGAGCCCCCACAAGAAGCUGACCCUCAGUGGGAUCUGUGAGUUCAUCAGCAACCGCUUCCCUUACUACAGGGAGAAGUUCCCAGCCUGGCAGAACUCCAUCAGGCACAACCUGUCCCUCAAUGACUGCUUUGUCAAGAUACCUCGAGAGCCUGGCAACCCUGGCAAGGGCAACUACUGGACCUUGGACCCCCAGUCCGAAGACAUGUUCGACAAUGGCAGCUUCCUGAGGAGGAGGAAAACGCUUUUAAGAGGCACCAGCCCGACAAUUUGA